GAGCAUUGGGGAAGGUAAUGACCCAUGGCUUCGCCGCGCUAACCCUCUCUCCCUAGGAACCAACAAAAAUGACGAAGAAGCGGCGGAAUCGGGGACGCAACAAGCACGGCCGCGGCCAUGUGAACCGUGUGCGCUGCGAGUCCAGCGGCGCCAUGGUGCCUAAGGACAAGGCCAUCAAGCGCUACAUUGUGCGCAACAUUGUGGACGCGUCGGCCCUCCGCGAUAUGCAGGAGGCCUGCGUUGUCGACAACUACGCCCUGCCCAAGAUUUACCGCAAGGUGUACUACAGCAUCAGCGCUGCUAUCCACAGCCGCGUUGUGCGUGUGCGUAGCGCCAAGGACCGCCGGAACCGCGAGCCGCCUCGGCGGUUCCCCAGCAGGGAGCAGAAGAAGGAUUAAGUGGACAUAGCGUGACCGCUCGCAGCACAUGCAGCAGCGGUGCUGGUGGCAGCAGCUGAGAGGAGCAGCAGCUGGAGUCCGCUUGGUUGGCGCUGGAGACUGAGCCAUCAUCGGCUUGUCUCGCGCAAGCGUGCUAUACAGCAGCGAUUCUUUGAACUGCCACAGUCCAUGGAGGCCUUUUUGUUGUAAGCUUAACGCUUCGACUUGA